AUGGCCAAAUCAAAACAAACGAGCGCGUCCGCGCAAAAGGCAGAUGGCCUAGCAUCCAAAACACUCAUCUUUGACAACGGCGCCCACAGCAUCAAAGCCGGCUUCAGCACACCAGGAACCGACCCUCAACUCGACGACUGCCAUUUAAUCGCCAACUGCAUAGCGCGUUCUCAGCGCGACAAACUCACCUACGUCGGCGCUGAACUCGAUGAUUGCGGUGAUUUUGGCGAACUACAGAUCCGACGGCCUGUGGAGAAAGGCUAUAUCGUCAACUGGGAAGGCGAAAAAGCCGUCUGGGAAAGGACCUUUCUAGACAAGAGAAGUCCAUUGAAAUGCGAUCCGCACGAAACGAAUCUGAUCUUGACAGAGGCGCCGAAUGCACCUGUGGCGCUGCAGAGGAAUGCGGACGAGAUGGUUUUUGAGGAGUUUGAGUUUCAGAGUCUGUUCAGGACGGUUUCGCCGGCGUUGAAUGCGUAUGCGCCUUCACCAUUUGCAGAUUCUACGCAACCAUCUUAUGGUGUUCCGCUGGAAUGUCUACUGCUUGUUGAUGCGGGGCAUUCUCACACAACUGUCACGCCUUUGUAUCACGGAAAGCCACUCCACUCAACAUGUCGAAGACUGGAGAUCGGGGGCAAGACGUUAACGAAUCAUCUCAAAGCCAUGCUGAGUCGGACGAUGGACAUGCACCGGGAAGACUGGAUUUGCCAGGAAAUCAAAGAAGAUGUCUGCUACGUGGUAGAGGACUCCACAUCGUUCACUACGAAUCUUGAGAAAGUAUGGAAAGGAGGACAAAGAGAUCCCAGAGAGAUCGAUGCAAGCAUUGUGGUCGACUAUGUCUUGCCAGACUACGAGCUGCUCAAGCGUGGAUUUGCACGGCCUCACGAUCCUAGCAAGAGCGCAAAGAUGCGAAGAUUGGGGAUUGGAGGUGCCAGUGAGAUGGUCUUGCCGGUUGGGAAUGAGCGCUUUACUGUGCCCGAAAUCAUAUUCACUCCAAGUGAUCUGGGCAUGCAGCAAGAAGGCAUUACCGGCACCAUCUUGCAAAGUCUCAACGCCUUACCAAAAGGUCUGUGGCAGCCUUUCCUUGCGAAUGUCGAAGUCGUUGGUGGAACGAGCAAACUCCCCGGAUUUGUGGAUCGACUGGAGGCCGAGUUGAGAAGUCAGAUGGACGACAGCUACCUCGUUCGAGUGGCACAGCCUCAAGACCCGCUCAAGAACGCAUGGCUCGGCGGUGCACGCAUAGCGCAGAAUGAGGAUCUCAUGAAGUCGCUCAUAGUGACUCGUCAAGAGUAUCUUGAGCAUGGCGAUUCCUGGACUAGACGCAGAUUUGCAGGCAAAGUUGCAAGAUGA